AUGGGCGACGCGGUUGCGUUCGGCAUGCAGUUCCGCGGCGCGCGCGUGCUGCAGGCGGUGCUGGCAGACCUGGUGCAGCUCGGCCUCGGCAGCGAGUCUGGCCGCCCGCUGGUGAUCCUCGGCGGCCAGUCCGCUGGGGGCCGAGGGGCCAUGGUCAGCCUCGAGUACGUCCGCGACAUGCUGGGCCCCGAGCUGGCGCAGCGGGUCGACGUGAUGGGCUUCCUGGACUCCCCGCUCUGGGUGGACGUGCCCCCGUACUCUGCCCACUUCGUUGGCUUCGCGGCCAUGUGCCAGGGGGUCUUCUCUUAUGCGAACGUGACUCGCUUGGGCCGGCGGUGCGAGGCGGCACAUCCGGGGAGCGACCGCUGGAAGUGCAUCAUGGGGGAGUACCGGAUGCCGCACAUCAGGACACCGUACUUGCUGGUCGCCUCCCAGUACGACGCGUUCCAGCUGAGCGAGAACUCGAUCUCCCUUCCCAAGGAUGCGAACGAGACGGCCUACGCUGACUCCCUCGCGAACCGCACGCGGGACCUGAUGAGCACGCUGCGUGCCGGCUGGCAGCCCGGCGGCCUACAGAACGCCCACCCGAUUCUCCUGGACCUGCCACGACCACGCCUCCAGCUGCUCGUCGCGGGGCUUCGACCGGCGAACGUGCGGGCCCGACCGGGUCACCCUCGACGCUGCCACGCUGCAGUUCCUCGGUCUGGAGCCCCUGACGGGCUACCCCAGGACUCGAGACACUGGAGUGGAUCGACAGCUGCUCGGGCAUCAACUGCGGCGACGGGUGCGGAAUCGGCCUCGAGCGGCAUCAACGACUGCGGCCUCGACCUCCUGCGAGCAGGGCAGGACAGGCCCUGCUCGCGGACCCCGCAGGGCCCGGAGCAUCCAGCUAGAGGCUAG